GGGCUCCUGCUGCUAAUGGCGACCUGGCGAAACAACGAUAGCUGUAACGGCCUGCAAUAUCAACCGGUCGAGGUUUAUGCAAACGGUGAUGACUGUGCGUUGAUCCUCAACGGGCCUGGAAGGACCAGCGUCUUCGAUUACACGUACAAUUUGCUACGUGGCUCCUUCCCACCGACAGCUGGAUCGCAGACAUGCAUCACAUACGAAGCGGUGAAUCGCGCCUACGUCGAAGCGAGAAAACGCAUCAAUGUGGCGCAACCGAAGAGCAAAAUGUGGAGGCCGGAAGAUCUGGCCACCGUUGGAGAACUCCUGCUGGAUGUUAGCAGCAACAUCGCUCAGAUGUAUGGAUUAAGCUACGACGAGAUCGAGAAAAGUCUACCUUUAAUCGACACUUCGAAGACGCUGAUUCGCGAGGUGUGCCCUGCCUUCUUGAGCAACGUCGAGUGUCGAGCUGGAAAAUACAGAAGAAACGACGGUCUGUGCACGAAUCUACAGAAUCCAACCUGGGGUUCCAGCUUGUCACCCUUCCAAAGAUUGAUGACUCCACGAUACGCAGAUGGCCUAACAGCGCCCAGAAUAUCAAUAACCGGUCAUGACUUACCAUUAUCACGCGUGGUAUCACGUACCAUGCAUCCUGACGAGGGUUAUCACGAUCACGCUGGCACAGUUAUGGUCAUCGCCUGGGGACAGUUUAUGGAUCACGACUAUACGCUGACUGCAACGCCGCUAGAUCCUCUGAACCGAAACGACCCAGAGGAAUGUUGCCAUCGACCAGCUCACCUGAGGAAUCCUUACUGCAACGAGAUCCACAUACCGGAAGACGAUUAUUUCUACAGGCUGUUCAACGUGAAAUGCAUGGACUUCGUUCGCGCCUUUCCAGCCGUUCGACCUGGAUGUCGACUCGGUUCACGCGUGCCUUUUAAUCUGCUCACCGGUGUGCUGGACGGGAACACGGUCUACGGAAUCACGGAAGCCUUCGCCAGGAAGCUACGAGCCGGUUACGGAGGACUGUUACGCAUGAACCCGGUGUUCUCUGAGUAUGGCCUGAAGGAUUUACUGCCGCUCAAGCUGGACAUCCCAGACGAGGGCUGCACACGACCGAAUCGAUCGAUGUACUGCUUCGAGGCGGGUGAGAUACGAGUGAACGAGCAGCUGGUGUUAACUUGUAUGCACACUUUGAUGGCGCGAGAGCACAACAGAAUCGCGAAGACGCUCAUUCAAAUGAAUCCCCACUGGGACGACGAGACUCUGUACCAAGAAACAAGACGAAUUGUCAUCGCUGAGAUCCAGCAUAUCACCUACAACGAGUUCUUGCCUAUUCUACUCGGCAAAGAAGUUAUGGGGAAGUUUGGGCUGCUUCUUGAGAAGAACAGCUACUGGGAUGGUUAUGAUGAAAGCGUGAAUCCAGCCGUGAUCGAUGCUUUCGCUUCUGCAGCCUUCAGAUUCGGGCACUCACUGUUGCCAACAGCAGUGGAGAGAUGGAGUAAAGCUCACAAAUUCAUCGCUUCGAAGAGACUGUCAGACUUAAUCAGAAGACCCUUCGACUUGUACCGAGCUGGAGUUUUCGACGAAUACAUCAUGGGAUUGAUGAACCAGGUUGCUCAAGCUAUGGACGAUUCCAUCACUCAAGAAGUAACAAAUCACCUAUUCAAAAAAGUUGGUGCCAAGUUUGGACUGGAUCUGGUCUCCUUCAAUAUGCAACGAGGUCGUGAAUUUGGUAUUCCAAGCUAUAUGGAAUUCAGAAAAUUCUGCGGACUUCCCUGGGUGGACACGUUCGACGAACUCCACGAUUCCAUGCCGAACGAGACAAUCAGACGCUACAGCUCGAUCUUCGAGCAUCCAGCUGACGUUGACCUGUGGUCAGGCGGUGUCUCCGAGAGGCCACUUCCGGGUAGCAUGCUCGGGCCAACCUUCGCCUGUGUAAUCGCCACGCAAUUCAGUUAUUCCCGGCGAGGUGAUCGAUUUUGGUACGAGCUGCCGAACCAACCGUCGUCCUUCACACUCGAUCAGCUGAACGAGAUCCGAAAACUGAAGCUCGCCAGAGUGAUCUGCGACAAUACAGAUUUGAUCGACACCAUACAGAUCUAUCCUAUGGUGUUGCCCGAUCACGAGAUAAAUCCACGAGUGCCCUGUAGAAGCGGCGUCCUGCCGAGCAUGGACCUGAGCAAAUGGGCGGAAUUCCCGACCGCGAAUCACGCGCAAUACCGAUUGGUGGAGGAGCACUUGCUUGAUGUACCAAGAAGGCCAACGAGACCGGAAAAGGUGCGGAACCAAUACAACAGAGAGCAGGUUUUGAGACUCUUCUUUGAGAGCAUUAACGGCAUUGCUUCGUAUCUGGGAUUCAGAAAGUAA